CGUCUAUUUUGUUUUACUUGUUUUGGCAACAAUACUCAACAGUUUGUAAACAAACUUUGUUAUUAUGUUGUUGUGCUUGCCAAUGCACGUGUAGUUCAGUAUUAAUUGGUGUUUUAAUUUAACAUUUUAUAUUUACGAUUCAAUAAUUAAUUAUGACUACUAAACAGUACUUGCGAUUUGAGCCUGGCAACAUUUUUGGACUCGUUGCUAGUUCAACUGCUAAAAUAUUGCCUGUUAAUUAUAGUAAUAAAAAUAAUCUGUUCGCUGUUCCAGCCUGUGAAAAUAUAUACGUCUGGAAUUUACAAUCAAAGGAAAAAUCUCAAGUAUUGGCUGGUGAAAAGAGCAACGUAACUUGUUUUGUUGUUGAUAAUGGCUGCCGAAAUAUUACAGUAGGGUAUGCUGAUGGCAAGAUUAAAGUUUUUGACUUAAAAACUGGCAGGUGUGAAGUUUCCUUUCUUGGACACAAAUCAGCCGUUUCUUGCUUGACUUAUGAAAAUAAAGGCUCCAAUUUAGCGUCUGGAGGCAAGGAUUGUGAAAUAGUGUUGUGGAAUGUCACAGAUCAAGCAGGUUUAUUUAGACUGAAGGGCCACAAAGGUCCCAUUACCAAAUGUAUAUUUCUUCAUCCAAAAAAUGUGUUAAUAUCUAGUUCAUUGGACACUUAUAUAAAGCUUUGGGACUUGGAUACAAAGCAUUGUUUUCAUACAGUUGUUGGCAAUCGAAAUGAGAUCUUGGAUUGUGUCAUAGUGAAGGAAACAAAACUAAUUGUUGGACUGAAUGGUAUAAAUCUUAAAGUUUGGAAUAUUGCUUCAGACACUAAUGAAGAUGAUCCUAUAUCUGAUAGAAAACGAUUGAAAAUAGACGAACUUGGGAUGGAUUCAGUUGGCAUCAAUGAUGGAUCUAAUGAAGAUGAAUUUGAGAAUUGUAAUGUGACAGAAGCAGGUACAAUUACAACUUCAGAGAGUAAAACAACAUCAAUAGUUUUAGAUCCAUCCGAAAGACUCUUAGGUGUUCAUGGCUCGACAAAAAUUGUGCAGCUGUACAAAAUUCUUACUCAAGUUGAGAUGAAUAAGAAACUCCGCAAGCGGAAAGCUAAAGAAAUGAAAAGAAAAAAGAAUGAAGGCGAUGAUGGUGAUUUGUCUGUGUCCAUUUCAAUUGAAGAUGAGUUUUCCUCCCUCGGUUCUUUUCAACUUUUGGGAAAAGUUGACUCAUUUGCGAUGUCUGUAAAUAAUCAGGAUUUGGCUAAAAUUACUGUGUUAUUUAAGAACAACAGCAUAGCUCAGUAUAAUUUUGAUUUGAAACAUAAACAUUCUAAGUUGGAACUAAGUCGUAGUAUAUUGACUCCAGGACAUCGUUCAGCUAUAAAAGCUUUAAGCUGUAGUUCAGACAGUUUAACUAUUUUAUCCGCAAGCGAUGAAUCAAUAAAAGUCUGGAACAGUUUAAAUGAAGAGCAAGCAUGUUCAAAUACUUUGAAUUGUAACUCUGCUCUUUGCUCUGUUUUUGUGCCUGGAAACAAUCAUUGCAUAAUUGGUACAAAGAAAGGGAAAUUAGAAAUAUAUGAUAUAUAUGCUGGCGAUUUACUGGAAAGAUUAGAUGCUCAUGAUGGCUCUGCUCAAUGUGCUGUAUUAACUCCUGAUGAGGGUGGGAUUACAAGUGGUGGUAGUGACAAAGAAGUCAAGUUUUGGGAUUUUGAACUUAUAACAGAUAGUGAAUAUUCUGAAGUUAAGAAAAGAUUGUCUCUUAAUCUGAGAAGGACUUUAAAAAUGCCAGACGAAAUUUUAUGUAUUCGAUACAGUCCUGAUUAUCAGAAAAUUGCUGUGGCAUUAUUAGAUAGUACUGUUCAAGUAUUGUUUGUGGACACAUUAAAACUUGCAUUUUCACUUUAUGGACAUGCUUUACCAGUGACAUGUAUGGACAUCUCUCAUGAUAGUACAUUAAUUGCAACAGGCUCAGAAGAUAAAGAUGUACGAAUUUGGAGUAUGGAGUUUGGAAGUUGUAAUAAGUUUUUAAAGAAAGCUCAUGAUAAAGGGAUUACUUGCAUAAAUUUCUUACCAAAAACACAUUUGUUUUUCACUGGUAGUAGAGACAAUACUGUUAAACAGUGGGAUGCUGACAAUUUUCAAAAAAUUAUCACCCUGAAAGGCCACCAGAAUGAAGUGACAGCUAUAACUGUUUGUCCUGAUGGUUCGUUUGUAGUGACUUCUUCUCGUGACAAAUCUUUACGAUUGUGGAAUAAGACAAGAGAGCCACUGGUUUUGCAAGAAGAGCAAGAAGAAGAGGAAAAGGAAGAUCUUGAGGCAACUGAGGAUUUACCUCCAAUUCCAGGAGAGGUUAAUAAAGAGGUAGCACUAUCAGGAAUGAAGUCAGAGGAAACUAUUAAAACAGUUGAUCAGUUGAUUGAAGCUUUGAAAGUUUAUUCUUCAGAAGUUUUAAAACUUGAAGAAUUUGAGCUGGAAUGUAAAAGUGUUGGAAAAAAGCUUCCCACCCCAGCUGCUCAUCCUUUGUUGACAGCUUACCGUGCAUCUACACCUCUGGAAUACAUUAGAAAAGUUAUAGUAAAAGUUAAAUCAAGUGAACUGGAGGGUGCUUUGAUGUACCUACCCUUUAAUUAUGUUUUAGAUUUCUUGAGAAUAUUGUCUGAAUUUACUGAUAAAGGUUGGGAGACUGAACUUUGUGAAAAAUGCACGUCAUUUUUAGUAAGAAUCCACUUUGGACAGAUUUUGACUUCUCAAAAUUUCCAGCCUGUUAUUGAAAAGUUAAAAGAAAAGCUUUUUGGUCAAGUACAUCAUAUGAAGGAUAAAAUUGGAUAUGCAAAAGUAGUGAGCAAUCUUCAACAAGUUGCAAUUGAUGCACGGGAGGAGGUAUCUAUGUUUUCUGAAGUAUUGGAAAACGUUCAAAAGAAAAAGAAAAAAGCAAGGCGAAAACUAGAACGCCCAAUCAUAACUUAUUCUUGAAAAUAUUUUUACAUAAAUUGUAAAUACAUUUGUAUAUACUCAUGUUGAAUAAACUUUUUAAAAAAUCUUAA